AUGGUGCUCCAAUGCUUCCUCUUCCUGGUGCGGCUGGUGGAGCUGGCGGCGGUGGUGCUGCGGCGGCCGACGGAGGACUUCCCCCCCCCACCACCACCACCGAGUCCUCCUCGUGGCCAAGCUCCUGCCGCCGCAACCCAGCCGGCGCAGCUUUCGAAGAAGCCCUUCAACCUCUACGAGUUGUGGGAUGAGUGGAUCAAGGGGCUAAAUGGCAACAAGCCCGCUUGCGAGUUUACUGCUCGUGAGCGUGGCCGCGUCAAGGACAAGUUCUGCCGCCGCAAGCAUGUGUGGGACUGUGUGAUUCGGUUGAUGGCCAAGGGCUUCGAUUGGAGGGCUGCGGUCGACCGUAUCUAUGCCACCUACGGGUGGCUUACGGUCACCCAGAUCAUCAACAAGUUCAAGCAAGACAAGAAGAAUCAGCCCAUCGGCAUCCACCCACGCUUGCGUUGA